GCCGAAGACCCCUCCGGCACAGCUUGCCUGACUAGCCGCCUCCGCCAUGUUCUCGGUCAUGCCUUCCCUCGCCACCCUGGCCCGCGCCUCCCUGAUCUACGCCGCCAUCGGCCGGGUCGUUGGCGCCUACCUCGGCUUCUGCCGCCCGGACCAGCUCCGCAAGUACCUGUACACCAUUGGCGCCGUGGAGGUCACCCCCCUGGCCGGCCGCAUCUUCACCAUGUGGGUCACCCUGACCGGUGUCCUCUGCGUCGUGGCCGCCCACCAGUUCCACGUCCAGGCCUUCCGCCUGACUGCCAUUGCCUCCUUCGGCCUGGCCUUCUCCCACUUCAUGUCCGAGGUCUUCAUCUUCCGCACCCUGCGCUUCAAGGACACCUACUCCACCAUGGCCGUGGCCCUCACCUGCACCGUCCUCCUGACCCUCAACGAGCUGAUGGGCAUGUAAGCGGCGGCGUGCUGCAUGGCCCCUCUUGGC